UGGGACUCGAGACGAGACGCCAGUCGCGGCCACUUCUAAAUUAAUUGUGCCGCAGCUGCUGUGCCCUCGAUGCUCUCUCUCCCUACAGUCCACGUCUCUCCCGUCCGGAGACUACCGCCGCAGACUCUUUAUGAGCACAGUGGCUCCGCUCGUACCCUCGGAGGUUGCUGAGAGGCUCGCUGUCGUGCAGCCGCUGCCACCACCGUGGACCGAUCACCGCAAUAAGAAAACAUCUCACAACCCCCCGAGCAUGUCCUUGUGCUAGGCUACUCCCCUCUGUCUUAAAACAUGACCACAACGUCGGCAAACGCCUGAGCCAACUUCAUCCUUCUUUCAACAGUUGCGUCUGGCAUCACUGUUAUCACGCUUGUAAGACGGGCUCCUGUCGAAUCACGAUGACCACGACCCUCAGCAUCGCUUCGACAUGUCUGGUGGCCAUAGGACUCGGCUUCUGUUACUUCCUCUGCCGCCAGACAAGUCCACAACCCUCGAUUCCACACCAUCGUCACCGACCUCUUCCCGAUUCCAGUCGGUAUAUCCGGCUGCUGAGAUGGCGUGGCAGACGUCGCCACAACGCCAGUCCAAUCCAAGUGUUUACCACAAAGGCCGUGCCACUCUCUUCGCUCAACCACCUCGACUACGCGGCCCUGUCUUACACCUGGAAAAAGCACCCCGGCACGGCCAGUAGACAGCCUCGAUCACAAAAGGUAUACCUAGACGGAAAUAUACUACCCGUACAAGAGAACCUCUGGGACUUUAUAACGUCCAGUCCCGGCAACCGGCUAUUGGAGCAGCACAGCCUCUGGUUCAUCGACGCAAUCUGCGUCGACCAGUCCUCGGACACGGAAAAAGGGAACCAGUUACGCUUGAUGCCAGAGAUCUUCGACAAGGCCAGCAAAACUGUAGUCUGGCUCGGCAAGGACGACCGCUCCCACAUAGCCAGAGCCGCCCAACUUGUGCGGCAGACUUUCCGCAACACGUUCCAGUCUUGUUUACACAGACCGAGAUCCUGCAUGCUGCAGCGCCUGGCCCGCAGCCACUAAGUCGGAGGCCCCCCUGGCGAUCACCCCCCUUGGCGACCAGUCGCACUGUACACCUAUCACACCAAAACCUACUAUUUCUAUAACCCCUGUUAACUUAGUUAAUUUACUAGCUAUAGAUCUCGUUCUAUAUAAUAAAGAAAGUUAAAUAA